GUCCAAUCAAUACUAAUUUAUGCCCUGUGGAAGCUUGGGCUCUUUUCACUAUGCUAUAGUCGGUUUAAAUGGCCUGCAUAUAAAAUAAUUAUCAACUUCCCUUCCCCCUUAGCGGCAUGUUGGUUCUAAUCCUGGUGAGAAGAGAAUCCUUGUGAACGAACCCGUCUCUUAAGUAUAACCUAUAACCUUGGAGUGCUUGUCUUUGCUUUUGGCCUUCGGUCAAAAGAUCAAAAGGAAGAAUUAGCAUCUUUUGGCGCAAUUUUUGCUUUUUACCUUUUACCUUGUUUUGGCCUCUUCCAACUCCGUUUAACCAAAGUAGGCUUUAGCUUUCCACCUCCUCAGAAUCCUUCCUUUCUCUUCUCUUCUUUUGCUCAACAUCUCAUAACGCCAAAGGCCUUUAUUAUUUCACUCAUCGCAGGAUCGAUAAGAUAGAUACCAGUGACGAAAAGAGUGUUGGACUAUACAUUCCUUCAAAGUUUGCUUGAUUGCUGGAUACAGGUUGUUCGACACGUUCAUUAUCGACAAACAGGAAAUCCACAUAUCCCACGAUCCCUCCCCUUGAGUAAUCCUUCGAACACUUUACACGCCCAAGAGAUAUCAAAAUAGCAUUCAACUUCCAAACAGUCAUUCUUGAACACUGCGAAAGAGACGUGUUGAGCAGAAAUUCACUAUUUUGGUUGCUAUUACACAUCACGACAAAUCAACUUUCCAGUACACACAUAUAUUCACUUCGAUCCAACAAAUCAAAAGUAAACUCAAGGAGUCCCUUUUUUGAAUAUCGGCCCGCCUCGAUCUUAGAUUUGCGUCACUGAGUAAUUCCUUCACAGCUCAGGUCAUUCCCACAGGAAAAAAAAUAAUCGCGCGACACAUAAUCUCAAAGCUUUUAUACUUUAAAGCUUCAAAUAAUAUUUCUUGUCCAACCAGAAAUAUACCAUAAGCUCACCUGCAGGAUACAUCUGACCCAUCUCGGUCAAUCGAUCUCCUGCACGCUACUAAAGAUUACCCGUCGGAAAAUCAAAUCCGGAGUAUCUUACCGGGGCUAACGAAUACCCCCACCAUAUCACUGGCAAAAAAGUACUUAAUUCCUAUUAUCCGGACAACAGAUUCCAUAUCAGCAAAAAUGUCUCUUGCACGCGCAUUUACUACGAGGAAGGCAAAGAAGCAGCUCGAUGCCGGUCCUCCUUCACCAACUGCGCAACGAUCCAUGACCCCCAAGUUUGCGCAUGGAACUAUUAAGCGCUCACAAAUUUCUGGACCAACUGAGCUUCUUUCUACCACCAACAUGUUGUCAUACAAUGCUCCAGAUCUCUACCCCAAAGAUAUCAGUAAACGAAUUGCUUCGAGCAGCACUGCAUCAACUCAUUCCGGAGAAGAUUCAGAUACCUCACGGAUGACUAGCUCAACAAGUUUAACGUCGGCCGAUACAUUGUCGAUCGAGUCUCGAUCACCGAUAACUCCAGCAGGAGAUCACCUUUCGGCAUUCAACUUUGGCAAAAAGUCGAUUGAGAUCGCAUUUCGUGAUGAAGCACCCGGCAUCCCACAAAGAGCCCCUUCACACACUAAAAAGAACCACGAAAUCAUCUCCCGCAAAAACUCCGUCGCAAGAAUGUCGUCACCAAAGAGCGCUACUACAGUCAGAUCGACAAUGCAUAUGUUUUCGGCAAAUAUUGAGGAAGCGGCAGCUGCUGAGCCGCAUCCUUUCGGUAACGAACUUGCUCAGGUCACCGAGAUUGCUGAAGAAUAUGGUAUCACCAAGGAAAUCUUAGCCGUUGUCGAUGAGGAAGAACAUGAGUUGAUAUCAAGAGGAUUAUUUAAAUUCAGAGCCGAAGACUACAUGAGCGAAAUCCAAGGAUUAUUCAUGAGUGCUUUCGGCGAAGUCAAACCUACCAUAGGACCGGUAUGGAUCUAGAAUAUACGAGGCCGGUUUCUCAUUAUUCUACAAUUUUGCCCUACCCUAUACACUUUUUCAAUGUACAUACUUGAUUACCACUCGUCACUUGAUGAACCUUUCUUUACGCUCUUUUCACGAUUAUUGCAUAUAAUCUUUACAUUUACGUCUCUUUCAACUGUCAUGGAAAAACCGAUGGAGGAGGAGUUAUUACGGCCUGGAAUUUCAUUUGUGGGAUGGGAGGGAAAGAUGUUUGUUUGUUUGGUCGGUCGAUAUCCAUGGAUUGGCUAUAUCCCGGAGUUUUUUUUCUUUUAGGGCGGACUCCCUCACUAUCUCUUUGGUGCCUAUUUCAUUACUUGUCAUUUAUCCAUCACUAUACUCUCUUUAAGAUAUCAAUGGAUAUCAUCGCGUGAUUUGGAUUUGCAUUUGGAUUAGGAUUUGGAUUUGGAUUUGGAUUUGGAUUUGGCGGUACUGGGAUGGAUUGGUACUCGUGUAUUUGGUGGGCGAGGAGAUGAGGUCUCAUGGUGGUGGAAGUGGGGGAUAGAUAUGAAACGAUGUAAUGGAUCGGUUCGGACUGAAUUUUAAUUACUAUUACCUAGGCACCUACUUGAGUAUAGGAUAAGAUCAUACAGACAGACAGACAGACAGACAAUCAGACAAUCAGACAGACAGACAAUCAGACAAUCAGACAGACAGCAAUGUUUACCAAGU